CUGGCUUUGCUGUGUGCUGCCGCCCCCCUUAUCCUGCGUGUGGCCUCUUGCCGCCUCCCAAGCCCAGGGCUGCGGGGCCUGUUUUCCAGUGUCCCCGGAGCCAUGCCGGGCCCGCAGGCUGGGAGCAGAGCCCGGGUUUAUGCGGGCGUUAACAGCCUAAGGAGUCGCGAGUACUGGGACUACGAGGCGCACGUCCCUAAUUGGGGAAACCAAGAGGAUCAACUAGUCAGGAAACUUGGCCGCGGCAAGUACAGUGAGGUGUUUGAAGCCAUAAACAUCACCAACAAUGAGAGGGUCGUGAUGAAGAUUCUCAAGCCAGUAAAAAAGAAGAAAAUAAAGCGAGAAGUGAAGAUUCUCGAGAACCUGCGUGGAGGAACCAAUAUUAUCCACCUUCUAGACACCAUCAUAGAUCCUGUGUCCAAAACCCCAGCUUUGGUUUUUGAAUAUAUCAAUAAUACAGACUUUAAGCAACUGUAUCAGAUCCUUACAGACUAUGAUAUCUGCUUUUACAUGUAUGAGCUGCUGAAGGCUCUGGACUAUUGUCACAGUCAAGGGGUGAUGCAUCGUGAUGUGAAACCACAUAAUGUCAUGAUUGACCACCAGCAGAAAAAGCUUCGCUUGAUAGAUUGGGGCCUUGCAGAGUUCUACCAUCCAGCACAAGAGUAUAAUGUGCGUGUAGCCUCCAGGUACUUCAAGGGACCUGAACUUCUUGUGGAUUAUCAGAUGUAUGAUUACAGCCUUGAUAUGUGGAGUCUGGGCUGCAUGUUGGCCAGUAUGAUUUUCAUAAAGGAGCCAUUUUUUCACAUACAAGAUAACUAUGAUCAGUUGGUCCGGAUCGCAAAAGUACUGGGCACAGAUGAGCUUUAUGGAUACCUAAAGAAAUAUCACAUAGAGUUGGAUCCCCAUUUCAAUGACAUCUUAGGACAGCACUCACGAAAGCGCUGGGAGAAUUUCAUACAUAGUGAAAAUAGACACCUUGUGACUGCAGAAGCACUAGACAUGCUAGAUAAGCUGCUGCGAUAUGACCAUCAGCAGAGACUAACGGCACGUGAAGCCAUGGAGCACCCCUACUUCUAUCCUGUAGUAAAGGAACAACAGGCUCAGACAGACAGUCCUCUGCUCUCUGGCAGCUUGUCAGCAGCACGAUGAGUACCAGGGAUUGUGGGACGCCGCUGCUGUUCUCACCAUGUUUCUCGUGAAUAGAUCCAGAGUACACACUGGAGCAGAUUUUGGCAUUGGCCGCAGUGAGUGAAGGGAAAGUUAUAUCAGUUGGUCCCAUCCGUACCGGAACCCAGAAUCCCACUAUUUACUAACCAAGAUACUGCGAUGGACAGGUUGUCAAUUCCAGGAGCCCCCAACUGGGGAUAAAUAGCCACCAACAGGACCCAUGGACUGAGGAGCCCAAACUGCAGACGUCCCCCACUCUCCCUCAUUUUUCUCAAUGGGCAGAAAGCCCUCUGAGUUCUA